AUGCGUCGCACUCUGCGUCAACGCUGCGGGCACGGCCCCAACCUCACCUCGCUGACCAACCAAGCCAACCGCAGUGAGCGCCUCCGCAAGUGGGGUAGCGUGGGGACUCCGCCGGGGGUUCCCCGUAUCCCACGACUGGAGGCGAAGUCUAUCGCCAUCCUGCACGAGUCGCCCAAAGUAAUGUUGGCUGGACGGAACCACUGCAACAACUUUGACAGCAAUCAGUACAUGCUGAUCAAUAGGGCCACAAAGCACUGCAUGCUCAUCGACGCCGCGGACGACUGGCCUGAUGACUGGGCCGCCUUCAUAGCCUCCUCAUCUCUCACUCUGACGCACAUUUUUCUUACCCACUGCCAUAUUGAUAACAUCAUCAACUUGAACGCCUUUCUGAGCAUCUGCGGACGCCAGCAGCAGCAGCGGCGGCGGCGACAGCAAGCUGGGGACGACGAGGGAGAGGUGGAUUUGGAGCAAACGGAGAGUGACGGUAGUGAGGCGAUUGCUCUCAUGUGGUGCCCCGCUGAGGAGUGUUGGGUGCAGAAUUUCGGGCGUGCCUGCGAACGCUACUGCCGCUUCGAAGAGAUGCAUGUGACUUUGCCCAUGAUGCAGCGCAACCUUUACACGCCACAGCAGAUGAAGGACGCCGUGAGGUCCGGUUUUUUUGACCCGCGUACCGCUGGCCAUGGUUUUUUUCGACGCAAAGACAUACUUCUUUCCACCGCCACAAACCGGGCAUCGUCAUUCAUGGACUUUGGGGAUGGCGUGCUGCUGUACUACAUAUUCUCCCCAGGCCAUUCGCCAGGUCACAUGAUGCUACACGUGCCCACCGAAAAGCUCCUCUUUACGGGCGAUCUUUUGUUUUACAACAAAGUAGGCCGCGUGGACUUGCCGUGGGCGACGGGAACCCGCCUUGCGGAAAGCCUGCGUCUGUUUGAGGCCAUGCCGGACAACACCGUCGUGUUGCCUGGUCACGGACGCAUGACGACGCUGGGAAGGGAGCGCUGCGAGAACAAGGCGCUCCAGCAAUGCUACCAGAGGCAGGAUAUUGGGAAGCAGGAGGUUUCUAUUGGAUUCAAUGGGGGGUACCUUUAA